UCUUCCUGUGAUUCUCAAGGGUUGACAUCCCUCAGCGUACACUCAUUUUCUCCCGCAGCCAGUACUUCAUUCCUCAACCACCAUGAGCUUCUACGUACCUCAGGCCUCUCACAUGUCCUUCACCCGCUCUGUGCCCGCACACCGUGCUGCCAGUACGUACGGCGGGGCAGGUGGACAAGGCACCAGGAUCUCGUCCGUCUCUUCCAUGUCUCUACGUUCGGCCCCUAGAAGUGGUGGCAUUUCUUCUUCCACAGCCUACAGGGUGAGCUCUGCCGGUAUGGGCGCUGGUGCAGGGGGGUCCCUCAGGGCGACUGCUAGCUCCACAGGGCCUGUCAUGGGCAAUGAGAAAGGCCAGAUGCAGAAUUUAAAUGACCGUUUGGCCGCUUACCUGGACACGGUGCGCCGGCUGGAGCAGGAGAACAGCAAACUGGAGAUGCAGAUCAGAGAGGCCUUGGAGAAAGGUGGACCAGAAGCACGCGAUUACAGCAAGUACAACGCCAUCCUGGAUGACCUGAGGAGGAAGGUGUUUGAUGCCACUGUGGACAAUGCUCGUCUUGUCCUGCAGAUUGACAAUGCUCGUCUGGCUGUGGAUGACUUCAGAGUCAAGUUUGAGAAUGAGAUGGCCAUCAGGCAGUCCGUGGAAGGAGAUAUUGCAGGUCUGAAGAAGGUCAUUGAUGACACCAACAUUGGACGCCUGAAUGUGGAGGGUGAAAUUGAGUCUUUGAAAGAAGAGCUUCUCUUCCUCAAGAAAAACCAUGAAAAUGAAGUUGGGGAGAUGCGGAACCAGAUCGCCCAGUCAGGCGUUCAGGUGGAUGUUGAUGCACCCAAGGGCCAGGAUAUGUCUCAAGUGAUGGAAGAAAUGAGGGCUAACUAUGAAAAACAAGCUCUCAAAAAUGCAGAAGAACUCAAAAUGUGGCAUGAAUCUCAGUUGUCAGAAGUUCAGGUGCAGGUAGCUCAGAACACAGAGGCAUUACAAGGUGCUCAGAUGGAGAUUAAUGACCUUCGGCGGCAGAUUCAAACACUAGAAAUAGAGCUUGCAUCCCAACAAAGCCUGAAAGCGUCACUCGAGGAUACCCUCCGGAACACAGAGAUGCGUUCAAACGCAGAGAUGGAGAAGUACAAUAACAUCAUAAUGCAGUUUGAAGCUGAGCUGGGGCAGCUGAGGUCAAAUAUCACAGAGCAGGGUCAUGAAUAUGAAGCUCUGCUUAAUAUGAAGAUGAAACUGGAAGCAGAGAUCAGCACUUACAAGAAACUUCUGGAUGGGGGUGACUUCAAGUAAUGAGAUAAAACUCCAGGAUGCACUAGACGGCCAAGAGUGAUAUUACAAGCUGCGAUGAAGAGCAGACAGAAUGUGGGCUUAAUGACUCUUCAAAACAAACUUUAGAUAGCAUUCACAUUGAAACCUGUGGCAAAUCAUUAUCAUUUGAAAGUCCCUUUCCACUAUGUCUAGACAAUUUAUUCAACAGGACACAACAAAGUUCAUCAAGUUGGUUUCUCACCAUAUUUCAUUUCUUCAACAUGAUAUCAUUUACAGUGUAAUUACUUGCAGUCACCAAAGCCUGUUCCACCCUACAAUCUGACUUAACACUGACAUGUGAGUUACAGAACAACAGAGGCAGCUUUUUAAACAUUAGUUAUGUCUUUAUAAUGCACAAUUCCAAUGUCACUGCACAAUUAUACAGCAAACAUAACCAUUACAAUGAAAUGUGAAGAGAAAUGUAAACUUCUCCACCAAGUCAAAGCAGUAAUGAAAUAAAAACAUGCUUUCUAAGUGAAA